CACUCCUCUCUUUCUUUCUGUUCUUUUCCAUCCCUUUCCUUGCUUGAUAUCCAUCUUGUCCUGAUCCGUGUGCUUUUUCUGCGUCCUCUCUAAAUCCCUCUCCAUUCAUUCACGCCUACUCUCAUGUGCGGUCCUGUUUUUUUGGAGGGGGGGGGGUUCUGUGCGCAGACAGAAGAAACAAGAAGAGAGAUUGAGUGUCUUUCUCACUCAGUUUCAUCCCUCAGAUUGACAGUUUGACUGACUGAGACGAGCGGGACGAGGAGAGACUCAGUAAUCUAAUUUAUUUAUUUAUUUUUACGCAUCAACAAUCGCACGUCGCCUGGAGAGGAUGAAGCUGGAAACGCAUUGUGGAAGAAAGAAAGGUGUCGCCUCGGUGUGAAGAAGAAGAAGAAGAGGAAGAAGAAGAGGGGGUCUGAUAACUAAUCCCCACAGUGUUAAGUUUGCUGAGGUAGGGUAACCUGUCGGGAGGGGGGGAGAAUACCGGAGGAGCACCGGUGGAAAAGCUACGCGUCAUCUCCAAAGACAGGCAGCGCAACAAGCCAACACCAUUACGCCAGCCAGUGUGGAUGGCACACGGGGUUGUCUUCUUCUUCUUCUUCUGUUGAUCUGGUGCAGGGGGCAGCCACGCUGAGAACAGAGUCCAGCUGAGAUCCAGGGCUUUUCUUUUUCCUAGCGAUAUGAAAGAUAAGUUCAUCUCCUGAGGCCACAACUUCCAACCCAGCACCGACAUCUGAACCCAGAGGCUUGUGUUAGACCUCCACAUGUGAUGUGGAUUGAACUCCGGCAUCAGGAGACUCCGAGCACCGUCCCGCCGCCAUGUUUCUGCCCAAGCGCAUCUUGAAUCUCACGCCAUCUUUCACACCAUGUAUGUUCAUGUCCGUCCUGCUGGUUCUGCUCCCAGGAGUCACCCAUUUCUCCCAGGGCAGCGCCAGCCACGACGAUGCCAACAGCACGCCGGGCAACUGCUCCAGCGAAGGCAACUGCUCCGAUGGCGUGGUGCUGCCCAUGUGGAACCCCCAGAACCCCGCGGUGGGUGACAAGGUGGCGCGCGCCAUUGUUUACUUUGCGGCCCUCAUCUACAUGUUCCUGGGAAUGUCCAUCAUCGCAGACCGCUUCAUGUCGUCCAUCGAGGUGAUCACCUCUCAGGAAAAGGAGAUCACCAUCAAGAAGCCCAACGGUGAGACGACGACGACAACCGUGCGCAUCUGGAAUGAGACGGUAUCUAACCUGACCCUGAUGGCCCUGGGCUCGUCGGCGCCGGAGAUCCUGCUGUCCGUCAUUGAAGUGGUCGGCCAUAAUUUUGAGGCUGGAGCUUUGGGCCCCAGCACCAUUGUGGGCAGUGCCGCGUUCAACAUGUUCAUCAUCAUCGCGAUCUGCGUCUACGUGGUGCCAGAGAAUGAAACCCGCAAGAUAAAGCACCUGCGGGUGUUCUUCGUCACCGCCGCCUGGAGCAUGUUCGCCUACGUCUGGCUGUAUCUCAUCCUGUCAGUGUUCUCACCCGGAGAGGUGCAAGUUUGGGAGGCCGUCCUCACUUUCUUCUUCUUCCCUCUCUGUGUGCUGCAAGCUUGGAUUGCGGAUCGCCGCCUGCUCUUCUACAAGUACGUCCAUAAGCGCUACCGUGCCGACAAGACCCGAGGCAUCAUCAUCGAGUCAGAGGGAGACGCCAUGUUCACCAAAAUGGACUUGGAAAUGGACGGCCAGGGUGUGAACUCCCACACUCAUCCCAAAGAGGCUUUGGAUGGGAUGCUGGAAGGAGUGGAGGAAGGCGGAGGGAUGAGCGCAGAGCAAGACCAAGAAGAAGAAGCCAGACGGGAGAUGGCUCGCACGCUGAAGGAUUUAAAACAGAGGCACCCGGAGAAGGACAUGGAGCAGCUGAUCGAGAUGGCCAACUACCAAGUGCUGGUCCAACAGCAGAAGAGUCGCGCUUUCUAUCGCAUUCAAGCCACGCGCAUGAUGAUCGGAGCCGGGAACAUCUUGAAGAAGCAUGCCGCCGACCAGGCCAGGAAGGUGGUGAGCUGUCACGAAGCCAGCGGUCAAGAGGAGGAUCCCAACACCAUCUACCUGCAGUUCGAGCACUCUCACUACCAGUGUUUCGAGAACUGUGGCUCACUCAAGCUGGCGGUGACGAGGCAUGGAGGGGAAAGCGGCUGCACUGUGAAGGUAGAUUACCGCACGGAGGAUGCGACUGCUAAUGCCGGAUCAGACUACGAGUUCGCGGAGGGUACUCUGGUCUUCAAGCCCGGCGAGACGACGAAAGAGUUCACCGUCGGUGUCAUCGAUGAUGACAUUUUUGAAGAGGAUGAGCACUUCUACGUUCGCCUUAGUAAUCCACGCAUCGUGCACCGAGCUGAGGUCUCGGUCCUGGAGCCGAGCUCCAUCACCUCCAGCAACAGUACGGUAGGCCUCUCCCCCCACGUCCCUCCAAAGGCGGCCCUGGGGAGCGCUCACACCGCCACGGUUACCAUCUACGAUGACGACCACGCUGGCAUUUUUACAUUUGAGAGUAACUCCAUGAGGGUGAGCGAGAGCAUCGGCAACAUGCAGGUGAAGGUUCACCGGACGUCCGGGGCGAGGGGGAAGGUGGCGGUGCCCUACCACACCGUCGAGAGCACCGCCAAGGCAGGGGAGGACUACGAGGAGGUGUCGGGCAAGCUGGAGUUCCAGAACGAUGAGACCAUGAAGCUGCUGAACGUGAAGAUCAUCGAUGACGAGGAGUACGAGAAGAACAAGUGUUUCAUGAUCGUGUUGGAGGAGCCCAUCCUGCUGGAGGUGGGACAGCGACACGGAGACACCAACGACAACAAGACGAAGAUGGAGCCGGAGGACGUGUCAAAGAUGGGCUGCCCCUGUCUGGGCGAGCACACCAAGCUGGAGGUCGUCAUCGAGGAGUCGUAUGAAUUCAAGAGCACGGUGGACAAGCUGAUCAAGAAGACGAACCUGGCGCUGGUGGUGGGGAGCAGCAGCUGGAGGGAGCAGUUUGUUAGCGCCGUCACUGUCAGUGCAGGCGACGACGACGAGGAAGAGAGCGGAGAGGAGCGCCUGCCGUCCUGCUUCGAUUACAUCAUGCACUUCCUGACAGUUUUCUGGAAAGUCCUCUUCGCUUUCGUCCCGCCCACCGAGUACUGGAACGGUUGGGCCUGCUUCUUCGUGUCCAUCUCCCUUAUCGGCGUGCUGACAGCCGUGACCGGGGACCUGGCCUCUCACUUCGGCUGCACCGUCGGUCUCAAAGACUCCGUCACCGCCGUGGUGUUCGUGGCCCUCGGCACCUCUGUUCCAGACACGUUUGCGAGUAAAGUGGCGGCCAUCCAGGAUCAAUACGCCGACGCCUCCAUCGGCAACGUGACGGGCAGCAACGCGGUGAACGUCUUCCUGGGCAUCGGCGUGGCGUGGACCAUCGCGUCCGUUUACUGGCACACCAAGGGCAAGGUGUUCAAGGUGGACCCGGGCUCGCUGGCCUUCUCCGUCACCGUCUUCACCAUCAUGGCGCUGGUGUGCGUGCUGGUGCUGCUCUACCGCCGGCGUCCCAGCGUGUCGGGCGGGGAGCUCGGGGGCCCACGGACACCCAAGCUGAUCACCUUCACUAUGUUCCUCUGCCUCUGGUUCGUCUACAUCCUGUUGUCGUCGCUGGAGGCGUACUGCCACAUGCCUGGCUUCUGAGACUGAGGACGGCGCACAGACACGACUCCUCUCCUGGUUUUUACAGUCUACCGAAUGUGUUUUCUCUCUGUUUUUUGUCUAUUUUCACAACAAACAAAAAAAAAAGGUUUAUAACUAUUUGUAUCAUUAGUUAUUAUUGAUACCGCACAAUAUCUGAAAAUUGUCAGACGUUGGAACUUUGCUGCCACCCUCCCACACUAUGCUGUGAAGUUUAGCUUUAGCCACUGAAAUUGAACCUCUUUCUCAGCUCUUCUUCCUUUUUGGGUUUUCUUCCUUUUGUUCCACGGGACAUUUAUCUAAAUCAUUGCUAAUCGGCGUCCAUACUUUCUGUCACUUAACACGUUAAACAAAACAAAAAAACAAAACAAAAAAAAAAAAACCUUCUGGCAUCACGUGUCCUCUGUGUGUGGACAACUAUUUGAGUUAUUCAGUGUGAAGGAAAGCACAAGAUUAAAAGACGGUGGUGCAUGGGGCGACAUUAUACUCGACAUUUACACGGAAUCGAAAAAGGCUGAGGUGACGUGUUACAAAAACAUAUACGUGUGUUGAUAUUUAUUACUCGAUCUAUACAUUAAUUAUUCAUUGUGCAUCACGUAGAAGAUGAACAUCGUGCGUGGGAGUUUUGUGAACGAGUAGGUGUGUUUAAUUUCUUGCACGUUAAUCAGAUUUAAGAGUUUUCUUGGUAAUUUUUUUUAUUAUUAUUAUUUUUUUUAAAGAAAAAAGUACUGUAUGUAAUAUUUUUGACAUGGCUGUUGACGUGUUGACGUGUUCCCGUACAUGUGAAUCACAGCUGUGACAUGAUAUUUUCACUGCCUGGUCCCUUUUUUUCCACCCCACGACGCUUUUUUCUCAGUCGGUAUCACGUUCGACACAGCUGGGGUUAAAAAAAAAAAAGACUUCUUUCUCUUUAGUUUUUUUUUUUUACAUAAUGGAGCAGAGUGCCAAUUUUAACUUGUACAAUGAUGAAUUAACUCUUGAACACAUUUAUGAUUUUUGUGUGUGUGUGUGUGUGUGUGUGUGUGUGUGUGAUACUCUGCCCUUCAGCACAAAUUUGGCGAAAGGCAACUGUGUCGCUGGUCUGAGCGCGGACACGAUAACAAACACCAGUUUUUCUAAAUCUGUCAUUCUGACACUGUGACAUUUUCUUUUUUUUCCCAACAUCACUUUUAGAGAAAAAGCACAGCAGGAGAGCCGAAAGUGGGGAGAGGGGGGGGAGGGGCCACUUCCACAGACGACCGACUGUACGAAAGGUUAUUAGGUCGCGAUCGGAUCAGAGCACAAUCACCGGCGAACAGGUGAUCCAUCGUGUUUUGGAUGUGCUAAAAAAAAAAGAAACAAAAAAAAAAGAGAAGACGUGUAUUUCAGUAUUUCCUGAGUGUCUCCUUUGUGUCGCACAGCAGUUGUUGAUAUGAAGUUUUGUUUUUAUUUAACCUAGAAAAAUCUUGUAGAGCCAUAUUUAUUGUAACAGUAUUACAGUAGAGGUAUUUAUAUGAUUCAUUUUAGUUUUAUUGAUAUGCACGUUUAAUGUAUUAAAAGAAAAAAAAAAAGUGGAAAUAAAUGUUGCUGAUUUAUGAUG